AUGCCCUUCUUUUCUUUCUUACGAUGUGGCGGGCAUUCAUCAGACGGGCGCCCUCGGCGGCAUGGAGGGUCGGCCGCUGAUCUUCUCCCUAAUUCUGUAUCUUCAGCUGUUGCAGUUGGGAGAACAGAUAGCUCUUCGGUUGCUCAUUGCGCAGAGAAGGGCUCCGGCUUCUUCAGCGUUCCAUCCUUUGGAUUCUUUGGCGGGGCCUCUGAGGCGGCAGUACCACCGAGCGAUGAAGCUUCUACGCGUACAGACCAGCUCGAGAAGGCGCGGACGGAUGCAUUUAAAAGGGAGAAUGAGCAGCCAACAGAUACACCAAAGAAACAGGAGCUGACACAGCCCAUCUCAUUUGAACAUUUCUCUCGGGAGUGGAUGAAUAUUUCUGGUCAGGACACCUUUGACGGGUUUCGUUUGGAAGGCGCUAAGCAGGUCAACAAAUACCUUCAGACGUGCCACAGCUUCUGCCUUGGCACUCAGUUGCGGGAGUCUGGGUACUCAUAUCAGUUUGGCCCCACAGUUGCCAUUUCAGCGCCGCCUGAUCCAAAUGCAGGAGAAAACGCCCAGCCGCCUCCACAUUUUUUCGCGAUGGCUAAAUUGGGCACUGAUGGAUCGCUUCAAGGCAGGGUGAUCAAGACAAUAUGUCCGAGUGCGGAUGUGAAAUUCAAUUUCAAUUCAUCGCUGAAAGACGAACAGCGGAAUUUUUAUGAGCUUUCCCUCGACAAUACAGGCAGAGACUGGGCCUCCUCGCUAAAGCUUGCGUGGCAGUCUUGUUGGAUUUUGGACGGAAUGUUUUCCCAAGUACUGACACCACGGCUGCAGGCCGGCUGCGAGAUUACUUACAGCGCGAACGGUGCCUCCAUGCUGGCGGUAGGAAGCCGCUAUAACAUUGACAAGCAAUCUGUUGUCUCAUGCCAGCUAAGUCAGCAGCCAGAUUUUAAGUCGCCUACUGGUCUGACUAAACUGACUCACAGUUGCAAAGUGCAAUAUUCAAGAAAGGUCACUGAUAGGCUCUCGAUGGCAACCGAAUAUGAAUAUAGUCAUCCAGAUACAGAGUCAGCUUUGAGGAUGGGAUGGGAAUAUCUGUUCCGACAGGCCCGAGUACAGGGCUUGAUUGACAGCUGUGGGCGCAUAUCAGUCUUUGCGCAAGACUACAACGGAUUUGGCGUAAGCGGACUGAUAGACUACUGGCGGGGAACGUAUAAAUUUGGUUUUCUAAUGCACGUCGUGCCUCCUCCGGAGGCAUCGCAGUCUCAAGCUAAUUAA